AUGGAAAACCCUAAUCUCCCAUCCCAAAUUUGCAAAGAGUCACCUUCAGAUCUUAAUGGUGAAACCAAACAUAACCCACCAACAUAUAUUCUCUUAUGGCUGUAUCGAUCAGCAUUGCUUGAAAAUCCAUCAAAACCUACUAAACCUCAUGAGUUCUGCAUGGAAAAUAGGUUCCAUAUUUUUGGAUCAUGCAAUGGGUUGCUAUGUUUGUUUUAUGUUGAUCAAGGUUAUGUUCAAUUAUGGAACCCUACUAUCAGAUUUAAAUCCAAAAAAUCCCAAACCCUUCAUUCUUAUGAUAAACGUAUGUGGGUCAAAUAUCAUGGCUUUGGCUAUGAUCAUAUUAAUGACAAGUACAAACUGCUUGUAGUUGUUUAUCUUGAUAUAGCUUCUUAUGAUUCUGAAAAAGUGACAAAGAUUUAUACUUUUGGUGGAACUUCUUGGACAACUAUUGAGAAUUUUCCUUCUGCCCCUGGUUACGUUACUAGUUUCGCUGGAAAAUUUGUGAGUGGCACUCUAGAUUGGCUAAUUGUUAAACGUGGUGUUAGUUCUAACCAAGAUGUGAUUCUAUUUCUUUCUUUUGAUCUCGUGAAGGAGACUUAUAAGGAAGUGUUGCUGCCUGAACAUGAUGGUGACGAAAUUCACAAUGCUAAAGAUGGAAUACAGAAUAUAUGCCAAAUUUUUGCUCUAUAA